AUGAAUUUUACAUAUAUUAUUUUAUGUAAUACGACUCCAACUGAAGCAAUAUAUGUUGAUCCACCACCACCUAUUCCGCCAACUUAUCUACAAGGAACAGCCAUUGUUGUUUAUACACUGUUAAGUAUUCUUACUAUUGGUGGUAAUGCUCUUGUAUAUUUAACUGUAUUUCAUUAUAUGGGUAUUGCAACUGGUACAAAUCUGUUCAUUGCUAAUUUAGCUGUAACAGAUUUUUUUGUUGGCCUUCUUUGUAUUCCAAUAGUGCUCAUAUCAGAUUAUCUUUUAUCAGAUUGGCCAUUUGGAUUAUUUAUGUGUAAAUUUACAUCAUUUUCGCAAUCAGUUUUUAUUGUUUGCACUGUUUAUACAUUAAUAGCUAUGUCUGUUGACCGAUAUAUAGCUAUAAUUUAUCCAUUACAUUCAAAAUUAACACGAAAACAAUGUUAUAUAUUAAUUAGUAUACUUUGGACAUUUUCUAUUAUAUUUAGUUUACCAGUAUAUUUUGAAAUGCAUAUUAUUCAUAUAUGUUUUCAUCGAGAUUCAAAUGAUUUAAAAGAAUAUACUCAAACAAUAUGUCAAACAAAUGGUUUAAUACCAUCAAUACAAGCAAUAUAUAAUAUAAUGACAUUAACAAUAAUUUAUUUAGUACCAUUAUGUAUUUUAUCCAUUGUUUAUAUAAGACUUGGUUGGCAAUUAAAUCAAAGUCAUGCACCAGGUGAAGCACAUUCACAACGUGAUGCACGAAUAAAAAAAUCAAAAAGAAAAGUCAUUAAAAUGUGUUCUAUUGUUGUUAUUAUGUUUGGUGUUUGUUGGUUUCCAAUGCAAUUAUAUAUAAAUAUAUUACAUCCAUAUCUUAAUCGAAUAUUUGAUCAAAAAUAUGUAGCUCAUUUUUAUUUUGCAUUUCAUCUUAUGGCUAUGAGUAAUUCAUGUGUUAAUCCAUUUAUAUAUGGUGUUAUGUCAUCGAAAUUUCGUGCUGGUUUUUUACAUUAUUGGCAUUGGUUGACGACAUCUUAUGGUUCAGUAACUGAUCAUUUUAGACAUUCACGUAAUAUAAAUGAAAGUAUUAUGUUAACAGCAUCAUUUCAAAAAACAAAAACAGACUAUAAAGUAAAUCUUACACCACAUAAUUAUACGGAUGAUACACAGGCAACUCGAAUGUCCGCCCAUUCUACACUUCCAUUGAUAUCAUUAUCACGUAGAGAAUCAGCAUAUGAUUAA